CGAUAGUAUAAAGUGAUAAAACGAUACCCUUCUACGACAUGGAGCAAUAUUUGAAACAGAUGAUUAUAGACAGAAUAAGUUCUAACCGAUUAGUUCGAGUUCAGCGUUUGUGUGUGCACGUUCAACGACAUGAAUCGAGCGACAUUGCCUCAGAGAUCAUUAAGGGGACGUGGUUGUAUUCGUGAAACUAAAUGGAGAACAAGAAGGUUUCAAGGAAUUGGCGGUUUGCUACGUUCCAUUCAUGAUUUAAAUGAAAACAUUUACGAGGCAGAUGAAGAUUUAUUGGAAAUUCGACGUAAAUUACAGAAAUCUCGAGGAAAACUUAAGGAUAUUCUGGAUAAAAUAGACUUUUUAAAAACAGAUCUCAUCGUCAAGAAAGAUGCGCUUCAAAAAAAUACCCAAGAGCUGCGUUCUGCUAUUGACGAUUUGCAUUUGCCGAAUAACUUGUAUAAUUUGAACGAUGAAGAGACAACUGUUUUGAAAAUGGAUCUGUGGAUGUCUGAAGAAGAUAUUGUUGCAGCUCGUAAUCACAUUCACGAUGCCGAAGAUGAUUUAAAUUUUGAGAUUAUUAACGAGUUAAUCAAUAAGAAAACUGCUGAUGGGACCGAAUCAAAAAUGACUGAAACCGGAGUGCGGAAUUUUGAUUCUAUUACGCUGCCAAACGUCAUAUCAAAUGGUCUCAUUCCAAAUAAUGGAAUCGUGAAAAUGAAUCGCAGCAAAUGUUGUGUGUGCUUAAAGGCGAAAAUAGAUUGCGUGUUAUAUAAAUGUGGCCAUGUUUGUACCUGUUACUCUUGUACUGAAUUGAUAUUGGCUGACCGAGACAACCAAAAAUGUCCAGUAUGCAGAAGUACCAUAAAAGACGUGAUAAAAACCUAUUUUGUUUGCUAAUCUCAUGCAUGGUCAAUGCAAAAUGCUCGUUGCUCUCUUUGAUAUAAGUUUUUUCGAACAAAAAGUGUAAUUUUAAGUCUUACCUACUUAUGUGAAACUGAAUUGAGUAUGUAACAAUAAAUUCGUUUAUUUCAGUAGGA